UGCGACUGAAGGGUCAGGGAGGGGCGUGGAGUUGUUGACUUCAAGCGGACUGAGAACGUCUUCUAGCAAAGAACAGAAGGAUGGCUUUCUCAUACGGACAACAACAGCGAGCACCAGUUGGUGGCCCCCCUGUUUCCAAAGUGGAGCUGUCCAUUAGCUGUGAACACCUGAUGAACAAAGACACCACCUCAAAGUCUGACCCCAUCUGUGUUCUCAUGAUGCAGGAAGGAGACAAGUGGUUCGAGUUUGGGAGAACUGAGCAGGUAGUCAACACCCUGGACCCACUGUUCUCCACUAAGUUUGAAGUGGACUACUAUUUUGAGGAGGUUCAGAAGUUGAAGUUUACAGUGUAUGAUGUUGACAAUGCCACCUCCACACUGGCGGAUGAUGAUUUUCUUGGAAGUCUGGAAUGCACUCUGGGUCAGAUUGUCUCACAUGGGACAUACAAAAAGCCACUUGUUCUGAAGACAGGCAAAGCUGCUGGGAAGGGUGAAAUCAAGAUUGUUGCACAGGAGCUGACUGACCACCAUGUUGUGGACAUCAAUUUCAGAGCUCACAAACUGGACAAGAAGGACACAUUCAGCAAGUCUGAUCCAUACCUGGAAAUUCACAAACAAGGCAAGGAUGGCUUCUGGCAGCUGGUACACAGGACAGAGGUAAUACAGAACAACCUGAGCCCCACAUGGAAGGACUUCACCCUCACUGUACAAUCUGUUUGUAAUGGAGACUAUGAGAAGCAACUGAAGCUGAUAUGUUAUGACUGGGACUCAGAUGGAAGCCAUGACCUGAUUGGUGAGGCCACCACGACCCUGAGGCAGAUGAUAGAUGACAACCAGGGAGGGAGGAGACAGGUGGAGUUUCCUUGUAUCAACCCUAAGAAAACCAAGAAGUCAUCCUACAAGGACUCAGGCAUCCUGUUUCUUACCAAGUGCAUUCUAAGGAAGGAGUACUCUUUCUUGGACUACGUCUUUGGAGGCUGCCAGAUCAACUUCACAGUUGGAGUAGAUUUCACAGCUUCAAACGGCAACCCAAAGGACCCAGCCAGCCUGCAUUACCUCGGUCAUGGCCAGCCGAACCAGUACCAGCUGGCUAUUGGUUCUGUGGGUGGAGUGGUCCAGGACUAUGAUACGGACAAGAUGUUUCCAUCACUUGGCUUUGGAGCCAAAAUUCCUCCUGACUUUCAGGUUUCGCAUGAGUUUGCCCUGAACUUUAACCCUCAGAACCCAUACUGCAUGGGUGUGGAAGGUAUUCUUACAGCCUAUCAGAACGCCCUUCCCCAGAUCCAGCUGUAUGGACCGACCAACGCUUCUCCCAUCAUCAACCACGUCGCCAGGUUUGCUACUCAGGCAGCCCAGCAGCCUGGAGCUUCGGCAUACUAUGUCCUACUGCUGCUGACAGACGGGGUGCUGACAGACAUGGACGCCACCAGAGAAGCCAUCGUGAGGGCCUCCCACCUCCCCAUGUCUAUCAUCAUCAUUGGUGUUGGUGAUGCAGACUUUAGAGAUAUGGAGAUACUGGACGGGGAUGACGGUGUGCUGAAGUCUCCGCGGGGAGAGCCGGUACUGAGGGACAUCGUGCAGUUUGUUCCAUUCCGACAAUUUCAGAAUAAAGCCCCUGCAGCACUUGCACGGAGUGUUCUCCAAGAGUUGCCCAAUCAAGUUGUCCAGUACUUCAAAAAGCGAGGAAUGGCUCCCAACACACCUAACCCCACUCAAGGCCCUGUGUAGGCUCUGUGUAGGCAAAAGAAGCAUUCUGCUGAGCUGGCCAAAGCUGUACUUUCUGAGGUUCCCAGGCAAGUUGUUGCCUACUUCAGUAAGAAGGGCAUCCUUCCCAACAAUGCCAACCCA